AUGCCCAGCCGUCAGAGUAUGGACUUCACUGUAAGAAUGCGGCUCACAGGAUCAUAUCUUUCCUUCAUGAAGGAGAUAACAAAGAUGGAAAUGGACAGCAAUAUAAGAAUAAUGACAACUAUGAAUCAGAAAGCAACAAGAAUUAGUUCUAUGAUUGCACUUUUAAAGUGCUCCAAUUCUUUGACAGCUAUGGUGCCUAGUGGAAAGGAGAUUCCCGAUUUUUACUAG